GUGUAAUGUACUUAUUUAGAUUUUGACUGAUGUUGAAUAAUAUAAUAGAAAAUUCAUUUUUAAUUGUAUUUUGUUUGUGUUUCAUGAACUAUGACGUUUUUAUAGAGUCGGUUUGCAUAAUUGUUCUGUAACAACUUACAGAUCUGUAAGUGCGUUAAAGGCUCUGUAAAUAAAAUUAGGUGUUGCUUGAACGCUCGGUAAAGUUACCAGCUCUGUAAAUUAUUGGCUACCGGACCUCUAAACUGCAUAUAGGAUUUUGCAUCUGUAACUACUUACAAAUUGGUUAAAAUAAUAUAAUAUUAUUAUAAUGAUAAGAAAAACACAUUAUAUAUUUGGUGUUAUGAAAUAUAUGGUUUUUUUUUUUGGUAACCACGGUUAUCAAUAAUUUAAUAUUUCUUUAUGCAACACUAGCAUAGUUUACACAAUCAUUAAAACCUUACAGGGUCAGUAAAUUACAGAGCCGGUAAUAAAUGUACAGACUGUUCUUUAAGCAACCCGGCCUAUAAUAAUAAUUUAAAAACUAAACCUGCCUACUUUUAAAGAAUAUUAAGUAUGUUUUUUUUUCAAUUACACAAGUUAUUUCAGUUGCUUAGGAAUUAUUUAUGAAAACAGUUUUAUCAAAAUAUUAAAAUAUCACAAAAUUAUAAAUAACAUAUAGAAAAGUAUCGAUUCAAACAACUCAUAUUUGUUCAAAUUUAAAUUCUAAAGAUACGAUCAAAAUUAUAAUUACUAUUAUACCGCAAACAGUGGUCCGCGGGGUAGUGCGUAAACAAAUUCAUGCCGAGAAAUAAAACGACGUGUGACGAAAACCGGCCGACCGCCGAGUUCGACCGGUUUGAGUUCCGGGGCGGCCGGCUGAUCGUCGGCUGCAAGUGUACUAGGAACGAUGGGAUGCAGCACGAAUGCGAGCGACUGAAGUGCAUGGCCGACCGGACGUCGUGUUUAACGUACCCGGCGGCCACUUGCCUUCCCAGCCGGCCGUGUCCGCCGCGGCCACCACAUCAUGCCCAGGACAACGGCUACCGUGACGACAGCCGUGCCGAGUCGCAGUCGUCGCAUCAGCCGGUGGAUGGUGGAGGCGGUAACGGUGGCAGCGUUGGCGGUGGUACCGGCGUCGUAGGGACCGGCGUCGGAGGGACCGGCGGCGAGCGAUCGCCGGGACGUGACGUGCGUUACCGAUCUUUCAACUCGCGUCGCAUGCGAAAGUGGGCUUCUGAUCAAUACGACGACCGUCCCGCCCUCAGAAAGUUUUUCCGACCGUGCCGCGUUCACUGUGAUCAAUUCCGGCCGGCCACUGACGUCUGUGCACGAGACAUCAAGGCGAAAGUGAUUUUAUAAUGAUUCCGUAGGGUAUAACAUAGGUGAGCCGCAACCGUUAAUAAAAUUAUUUGUAAAGUCAUCGUCUUCAUACUUUCGAAUUGAUUGGUUUUUUUUUCUCAAGUUACAAUUAUUGUAACUGUUGGUCAUUUAUCGAGUAAAGACUCCUACGACACGUAAUUUCUUGAUCUGGCCCCCGAGUGUUACACUAUCCCUGUAUACUUUUUCAGUUGAUGGGCUUCAGCGGAUUAACACGUUUGUUAGCGUCUAUCUGUACUCCGACACAUGCAUGAGGACGUGUUUAACAACGUGUCAUCAACGUCGCUGUAAUAUGAGCUGUUCAUGUACCUUAAGAUUAGUAAAAAUAAUAAUAAGACUGACCUUUGACUGUGUGACGAAUGACGAUCACAUAUUUACUUUUAUACGUUAUAUUAUAAUAAUGUAAAUCAGGUAGUGUUAUAAAUAAAAUAUAGACACGUAUCAAAUCAA